AUGGCUACAUUCAUGUAUUAUCCGAAGUUUGCCGGUGCUCCACAACAAUCGCAGCCUAUGGCGGCAGCGAUUGGAACCGGCGUUAACAAUGGCUUACCUCCGUUGGUCCCGUAUGGUGCCUAUUACCCACACCAAGCUCAUGUUGCGGCAGCACCAGUAUAUGAUCAGCGGCAACAGGCAGCAUACUAUGGGCACUCGGCCUCAUACAUGGUGCCUUCCACUGUCUUACAAUACAUGGCUGUUCCGCCGGGACUCUCAGUUCCUUUACAGGCUCCGAGUAUGCCGGCAGCUGUCUCACGGGAGCAGGUUAAUGGUGGUGUUAGCGAAGUUUUAGACUAUGACUUAGAAAACAUGACUAGUUUUGUUGUCCAAAACGCAUAUUUGUUGUUUGGGAAUGAAGACUUAAAUUUAGAGGUUAUGGAAGUUUUCGUUAAAGGGGUCUCCUCGGUAUUAAAUGCCACAAGAUUACCUUCUACAACGAUAUACUAUGCUUUAGACUACUUGGCUAAGUAUUUGGGGAGAUUGACAUUUGGUGUUGAAUCGAUUGGGGGCGAUUCUAUAAACGUCAUUUACCAAAACUUGAUGAUUGCCUUUGUAUUGGCAAACAAGUUUAACGAUGACAAAACUUUCACUAACCGGUCUUGGUCCCAAGCUACUGGGAUGAAUGUUGAGAUAAUCAACGCAUAUGAGAGGGAAUGGCUUGCAGCACUUAAUUGGAGGUUGUUCGAAGAUGGUUUUGAAAACUAUGAAGCGUACAGAGAAGCUUUCAGCUCCUUCGACUUUGAGAAGAAACGUCAGCAACAAUCGUUACUUGUUAAUUCGCAACUAUCAGCUUCUAAUCUUCCUGUCCUUGCGCCACCUCUUCCUUACCCUGCAAGCAAUUAUUACGCACCACAUUCUCCUUUUCCUCAACAAGGUUAUCAAACGCCGGUCAUAGCGAAAGCUGUAAAAUAUUCAUCUCCAAUGUCUGCGAACGUAAAGGGUGAUUUGUUUAAUGGUUCUUGCUAUCCUGCCGCCUUCUCAUCUCCGAUCUCAAAUUCUAGUCCACUUCCAAAAUGCUUUAAGCAAAGUAGUUAUUAUGCUCAACCUCCUCCUGCUAACUCUAUUGUGUCAGUCCCUCAGGGCUCUUUUUGGAACACUCCGUUUGAUCGUCAAGCACAGUACCAAUCAGAAAAUAACCCGAAUCAUAGUUGCUAUUGUCACUCAGCUGUCUAUUAA